AUGGCUGGCCCGGGAGUUGAAGAUGAUCCAAAUUUAAAAGGAUUAAGCCUCCCAAAAUUUAACAGAAUGGCCGGAGAUUCCGUCGAUGAAUCCCAAUUCAAGGGACUAUCCAAGUAUUUCAACAGCCAUACUAACCGAGGGAGGGCUAAUACGGCGAAAGCGACAUAUGCAGUCUUUGGCGCGAUAAUAUUAUAUUUCACUUUGAAACCCAAAUCAAAGAAGUAA